AUGGACGAAAGUUCGAGCACGGAAGUAGUCAUUUCCUGGUCGGGUAUCUGGGUGACAGGCCUGGUAAGUUUCGUCCAAGGGCUCGUCUUUUACAGCUUCUUCCGCUACCGGCGCGGCAAGGACGCUCCGGCGGAACAGUACGAUUUGUACGAACCCCGGCAACACACGCGACAACAUCGCUCCCCGCCUCCGUUUGCUGGAUCCUGGUAUAAGGCUGCGUGGAAUGUCUCGCAGGAAGAAACUUUGCGCUGCGUGGGGUUGGAUUCCUACAUGUUUCUGCGCUUUUUGCGCUUGGGAGCCCGGAUCUGCACCAUGGGAUGCGUGCUGGCGCUCGUACUCAUCCCAACCUACGCCACGGGCGAAGAGCGGGGUAGGAGCACGCAACAAUUUAAUCAACUCACCUUGGCGAGGGUUUCGGCGGAUUCCAAGCGACUCUGGGCCAGCUUGAUUGCCUGGUGGAUCUUCGUGGGUUUUGUCUUGUACGAGCUGUGGAACGAAUGGGUCCUGUACGCGCACAAUCGCUACGAAUUCCUAGCCCGAGGAGAUGUCGAUAUGCCCAAAGGAUACCGCUACGCCGUACGAGUGGAGCAAAUCCCUCCGGCCUACCGAACCGACCAAGCUCUCUUGGAUUAUUUCGAGAGACUCUUUCCGGGAUCCGUAGAGCAAGCUACGGUCUUUUGGAAAACGGACAAAUUACAAGCCUUGAUUGAUGAGAGACAAGUUACUAUUGAAAAGUUGGAAUCGGCCGUUGCCUUCACCCACGGCAAGCCCAACAAGCCACGCCCGAAGGUAAAGGUUGGUGCCACCAUGGGUCUUUGCGGAGGCUCACCCACCGACGCGAUCGAACACUACAAGAUUGAAAUUGACCGUUUGAACGAAGCCAUUGAUAUGGAACGUUCCAUGUUCGAUUCGUCCGAGGCUGGAAAAGCAACAAGCUCCAAGAGGGUUGACGUAGACGAUGGAAAUAUUGAGACUAGCUUUUCCGCUGAGGAUCAGCACAGUGGCAAGGCCGAUACUUCAACGGCAUUUGUAACCUUUUCCAAUCUUCGCACCAAGCAAGCAGCGGUACAGUGUGAGCUGACCGGCAACCCUGACAGCAUGAUCAUCUUUCCCGCUCCCGACCCCAAAGGCGUUCUGUGGAAGAACAUUUCUGUACCUCUACCGCAGCAAAAAAUUCUGCAAGUCCAAGCCGCUGCUUUGUGGUUAGCUGGGAUUCUCUUUUGGGCAGCCCCCGUUUCGUUUGUCACAAGCAUUGCCAAUCUCAACUCCAUUUUGGAGUCAAUCGGUGUGGACUCGGCAAACCCCGACGCCUUUUGGUAUGGUUUAGUCAGUGGUUUGUUGCCUGUCAUUGCUCUCGCCAUCCUCAUGGCGGUCCUGUAUAUGGCGAUUGUUGCAGCAGCGAAGCAAUUCGUUCGUUACAAGAGUAUGGCUGAAGUUGACGCCUACGCGCUCUACUGGCAUCAAUUGUUUCAAUUUGCAAACUUGUGGUUGAUUUUGAUUGGAGGGAGCGUCUUCAAUCAAAUUGAUGCCUUGAUUUCCGAUUUCAACAUCAGUGCCAUCGUUGACAUUAUCGCGUCAGCCUUGCCAGGGGCCUCCGUCUUCUUCGUCAACAUGAUGCUUGUCUCGUCCUUUGGUUCCUUUGGAAUGGAGCUCUCCAUGCUUCCUACCUAUGGAAUCAAACUGAUCAUGCAGAUGAUUCAACCCGAGGCGAUGCGUACACAGCGGCAGUUGGACCAAGGAAAAGAGCCACCCUCGCUUGAAUGGGGACAGAAGGUCCCACCCGUGGUUUUUAUGUUUCUCGUCGUAGUCCUUUACAUGCCGAUCGUCCCACUCAUGGAGGUCUUUGGUUUGAUCUAUUUUGCCGGCAGCUACUUGGUCAUGAAGCAUCAAUGCCUACACGUGUAUGCCCAAGAGUUUGAAGGCGGUGGUGACGCUACCUGGCAGAAACUUUUCGGCUUUUUGAUUGCCUGUUUGUACAUGGGUGAAGUUAUCUUCAUUGCGUACAUGGGAAUCAAAGAGGCCCCGGCUCAGGGUGUCCUCGGAUUUUUCCCCUUGGUGGGGACCAUUAUCAUGCAAGCGGUCUUGAAACGAAACAUUAUCCAACCGCUGGCCAAUCUGUCGCUCGAGGUGGCCGCCACGGUGGAUAUUGAAGAUGGCGAGCUCGAUACCACUACAGGCGAAACUGGUAAGCUGUACGGUAUGCCAGCGUUGGACCCGGAUCAGGAAGAACGUGGUCCCAUGCCGUACCGUCGUGACGGAACCCACAGUGACGGCACUGGCGAUAUGAAUAUGGAACAAGGGACGGAAACGGGAUUGGAAGACGUUAGACUGGAUGAUACCAAGCCAGGAUCGGACAAGCGUCGUUUCGUUUAG